GUCCUGUGUGUGGAAGGAAGACAGACAUUAUCAGCCACUGUCACCAAAGCAGAAAGAAGAAUAUGCAUUAGUUCUUUCUUUCAUGGUAUCAGUCUGUUAAAAUCCAUCAAACAGAAAAGAACCAACAGCACUUUACUUGAAACCUCCUCUAAUUAGAAAUGAACCAGCUGCGAGAUUCGAACUCCCAAGUAUGCUGGGUGAACAAGAGUGAGACUCAUUACUAUGCUCGCAUAGUAAUCUGUAAUACAAUGUCAAAAACAGGACAUGAGAUGCCGGACAGCCACGACUCACACCAAAGGAGCGCUAAAAUGUCUGAUGAUUUAAAAAUGAAGCGGCUGCAGGAAAUCAAGAAACGAUCUAAUGACGUAAGGCUUGGGAAAAUGGCUUUCUUCCAUUAUCUGGAAAGAGUAGAAACCAUGAGAACAUUCUGGGAAGAAAAGUUGGAACCUGUUCCAGAGAAUACAGAGGUUAAAAGCAAUAAAGUAAAGGAACGAAGAGAAAAACCCGGUUUUAGUCUUAAGGGAGUAAAGACUCUAAAGAAAAGGAGAUCAGCUGACUGUUCAGAUAUAUCUUCUCAGAAAAACUUGAAUGACUCCAAUGCAGAAAAAGUUAACAAACUUAAUAAAGAAAAUGCUAAAAAGUCUUCCCCUGUCAUCAUUGCACAGCAGAAUAUACUUAAGGCUGAUAAACCAUCAAGAGAUGUUUUGGAACAUAAUGAAAACAAAAAAGGCUUGGCCAAAACACAGACUUUAACAGAAAAAUUGCAUGUUGGUUUAGAAGGUGAUGCUUUAGAGUAUGAAAAAUCCACAAAGAAAGUGAAUGACGCUAGUAUUUCUGACAUCAGCAGCAACAGCCAUGCCAGUACAGAUGACACACAGGAAGAUCAGGGCAAGAUUAAAGCAUCCAAAGUAGCUAGUGAUGUGAACAUACAAAUAGAAGAUGAAAGCUGUCAGUCUGCAGCCAAAGAACUAGAUAUCACUGUUGAGGAAGAAGAUGCAGAAGCAGAGGAAGACGAAGCAGAAGAAGAAGAAGAUGCAGUAACUGAAUCUGAUAAUGAAUCAACCCCUGAGGAAGACUCUGAAGAAAAAGAAAGGAGUAGUGAAGAAACCACUGAGGAUGAUGAUACAGAGGCAAAACAAAAUGAAAAUUCAGUAGUCCAUGUAACUGAAAGCUCCUCCGAAAAUGUUCCAGCUCCAGGAUCUGAAUGCCAAAAUGUGACCUAUGAGGUGCUACAUAGGAAAGGCUCUCUGAAAAUGUGGAAGGAUGAAAAUGAAAACAGGGAGUCUCACUUCAAGUCUCCAACAGAAUCUCAAAGAAGCAAUUUAGAAAAUGACAUUCAAAGCUCCUUGAAUGAUCAGAAUUCAAAUAGCAAACAUCAAGUAACAGAGGAAGAAUUGAAAAAAGAAGGCACAAAGGAAAGUCAAGAUGAAACAAAUAACAACCAAGUAGUUAAAACAGAUGAAAAAGGAGAUUUACCGACAGUUAUAGCCCACAGUUCUCCCCUUCCAGCACCUUUUGAUCAUCGGAUAGUGUCAACAAAGUCGACGCAGAUCGUUCACCAGUAUCACAUCAACAGGAAAGAACUUCUAGGAGGAGGACGUUUUGGUGAAGUCCACAAGUGUACAGAAAAAGGAACAGGUCUCAAGUUUGCAGCUAAAACCAUCAAAGCAAGGGGUACUAAGGAAAAAGAAGAAGUGAAAAACGAGAUCAAUGUGAUGAACCAGCUAAACCAUGUGAACCUCCUUCAGCUGUAUGAUGCCUAUGAAUCCAAAAACGACAUCACUCUCAUCUUGGAACUUGUUGAAGGAGGAGAGCUUUUUGAUAGAAUACUUGAUAAACAAUACAACUUGUCGGAGUUGGAUACCAUACAUUUCAUAAAGCAGAUCUGUGAAGGGAUCCAACACAUGCAUCAGAUGUAUAUUCUCCAUUUAGACUUGAAGCCAGAGAAUAUUUUAUGUGUGAAUCGAGCUACCAAUCAAAUCAAGAUUAUUGACUUUGGCCUGGCAAGACCGUAUAAGCCAAGAGAAAAACUAAAGGUGAAUUUUGGUACUCCAGAAUUUCUGGCUCCGGAGGUUGUAAAUUAUGAGUUUGUGUCAUUUCCAACAGACAUGUGGAGUGUGGGAGUUAUAGCAUAUAUGCUGCUUAGUGGUCUUUCUCCGUUUUUGGGAGACGAUGACAAUGAAACACUGAACAAUAUCAUAGCAUGCAAAUGGGACUUUGAAGAUGAAGAAUUUCAGCAUGUCUCUGAAGAUGCUAAGGAUUUUAUAACAAAACUGCUUGUGAAAGGAAAAAGCUGGAGGAUAAGUGCAACCGAGAGCUUAAAGCAUCGCUGGAUAACAGAUGGCAAACUUCACAGCAGACUCAAACAACAGUGGAAGAACAUGAGCUGUUCAAUGUCGAAAGCACCCAAUGAUGACAAAAAGUGAUGAAAAAGCCAAACAUUACAUG